CCGGAAGUAAGAAUUUGAUUUUGAAAAUGAAUGAAGAUGUGAAGGAUUUGCUCUCAUUCACUCAACAGAUGCUGCUUCUCUUAUUAUAUGUCGGGUCAACACUUGGGAAACCUCAAAGAUGUGUAAAGCUAGAUAUCCUUGAGCCAUACAAACAUCAUUUUGGACCCAGACAUUCACACAGAGUAACCAGAGACUGCCAACCAAAGAAAUAUGGAUCUCUCACCCAUGAACAAUACCCUGCCCACUCCGGGCCAUCUGACACUGUUGUACAAAGUGAUUAUUUUAUUAAGAAAGUUGGAGAGUGGUGGGACCAGAAGAAUGUUAUAGGCAGGUAUUCUGUCAUUAGUGAUCCUUUACACACUGUAUCAGUAGUGGAACCCUCAGGACCAGGAGGCUGUGAGAGACACAAUAGAAGUACAGUCAGAGAGACCUCCGCUGUAAAGAAAUGUAUUAUUGCUCAGAAUGCUGGUUUAUUUAACACAUCAUCUGGGGAAUGUCACGGUAACAUAGUCACAGAUGGAAUUGUAAGACAGAACUCAGGUGGCAUACAAAAUGCUCACUUUGGCAUCAGGAAAAAUGGAAAACUCUUCUUUGGAUAUCUCACUGAGGAAGAGGUAGACGAGUUUGAGUUUGAACAGUUGGUCGGGGGUGUCAUCUGGCUGGUGCGCAAUGGACAAAGUUAUGUCAAUUCCAGUAAAUACACAGAGUGUUCCGACACAGAAGAAACAGGAAGCAUAGAUACAUUUGUUGAUGUCAAGUCUGCCCGCACUGCUGUCGGUCAUGACAAAAAAGGACGUAUUGUAUUGGUGAAUGUCGAGGGUCAGUCUUGGAAUUAUGGAAUUAACCUAUGGGAGUUUGCUGAUCUUCUCAUAGAGUUUGGAGUUGUGAAUGCCAUCAAUCUAGAUGGGGGUGGAUCAGCCACUGCAGUAAUAAACCAAACAUUAGUUAAUUACCCCUCAGAUGAAUGUGGAAAUGAGACAGCUGGUUAUGAAAGGUUUCACUGUGAGCGUCCAGUCUCCACCAUACUGUGUGCACAUCAUGCUCCAUGCCACAAACCAGAUUGUUCCCAUCAUGGAACUUGCAUUGCUGGUCAAUGUAGGUGUGAUGGCUAUUGGACUGGGAGAGACUGUGAUAAACUCUACUGCCCAGGCCAUAACUGUAGUAUACAUGGUACAUGUACCAAAGAUGGCUGUUCGUGCAACAAUGGAUGGCUGGGUGAAGUUUGCAAUAUGACAUGUCCCCCUGGUUUCUAUGGCAACAAUUGUGCCCAUAGAUGUCACUGUGUACAUGGUGUCUGUAGUCCUAUAGAUGGCAGUUGUCAGUGCAGUCCAGGCUAUAGAGGCCUCAUGUGUGAUACAGAAUGUGAGUCAGGCUAUUUUGGGUCAGGCUGUAGAAAGAUAUGCUUCUGCAAGGAUGCCUGUACGUGUCACCCUGUUGAUGGAACCUGUAAUGUUUCUAUAGCAGGGACAGCUCUUUACUCAGCCUCUAGCUGUACUGCUCAACAUAUUAUAAAGUCAAAAAAUCUAGUGCCUGAUCAAACACCACAAUUGCAAUCUCUGCUAAUUUGUGUGACAGUCUUAGGAAUAAUCGCCAGUAUCAGUAUUAUAUUGAACAUUGUACUAGUCUACACGUUUUCACCAUACUACAACAGUCAAUGCACGUCAAAAUGUUCACAGAAACAGAAAUACCAGCAGUUACCUAGCAACAGUUAUGAUACAGACACUAGCGACACCUGUGGGGAGGCAGAUGACGAAAGUGACUCCAUGUGGCCUUCUAAUUCCAAACUCAUCUUUAAAGAAAGAUUAACUAAAUCUGAAACUGCUCCAUCCUGAUGAAUGGCAAAUAAUAAUGUAGUUUAUUGGAAAUAAUCUUAUAGAUUCUCAUUGAUUAAUAAUGUACACUAUCAUGAUGCUUGUACAGACUUUAGAAAUGUACGUGGCCUGAUGAAUUAUCAUCAAAGUAGUCUGGCUUGUUAAGCUGUCACAAAAUGACAGUCAUGAUUGAUAGUCAUGACCUAAUGAAAUAUCAUCUUUAGUCAUGACUUGAUAAAAUACCAUCUGUAUAUAAUAUUGUCAUGUCCAAAUGGUAUAUCAUCAGUUGUCAUGACUUGAUAAAAUACCAUCUGUAUAUGAUAUAGUCAUGACCUAAUCAAAUAUCAUCAGUACAGUCAUGACUUGAUAAAUAUCAUCCAUAUAUGAUAUAGUCAUGACCUAAUGAAAUAUCAUCAGUAGU